AUGAUAUUGACACUUGGUCGCGUAUAUAUUGUACCUGAGCCCAAUUGGAUAAUUCUGCCUGAGUUGCCAUUUGUCCAUUUCUCUAAUCUUCUCUCCAGGGAGAGCUUCGAUAACAUCUAUCUCGACCUCUCCAAGCAGCCCGGAAAGUGCAAGCUCGCGGAAAGCGGCCUGGGAUGGAAGCCUUCUGGUGGAGGCGAGACUUUUACCCUCGAUAGCAGCAACGUCGGCGCAGCCCAAUGGAGUCGAGCGGCAAAGGGAUACGAACUGAAAAUUCUGUCGCGCUCGUCGGGCGUCAUCCAACUGGAUGGCUUCGAUCAAGAGGAUUUCGAGCGAUUAAGCAAGGCCUUUAAGAUUUGGUACGGGAUAAAUGUGGAAAGCAGGGAGCACGCUCUCCGAGGCUGGAACUGGGGCAAGGCAGAAUUCACCAAGGCUGAGCUAUCUUUCAACGUCCAAAACCGACCGGCGUUCGAAGUCCCUUAUUCCGAAAUCUCAAACACGAAUCUGGCAGGAAAGAAUGAAGUCGCUGUCGAACUUGCUCUUAAUGCUGAUGGCGCCGAUGCCAAUGCCCAGCCAGCCGGUAGCACUAAGAACCGUGGCCGGAAGGCCGCUUCCGGACCCGAUGAAUUGGUGGAGAUGCGCUUUUAUAUUCCUGGAACAGUAGUGAAGACUGAGAAGGGCAUCAAGGAAGAGAAUGGCGAAGAAGAAAACGGCGAAGAAGAAGAGGAAGAAGGCGAAGAACAGAAUGCGGCCAACCUUUUCUACGAAAUGCUCAUGGAAAAAGCAGAGAUUGGCGAUGUGGCUGGCGAUACGUUUGCUACUUUUCUGGAUGUUCUUCAUCUUACGCCCAGAGGUCGUUUCGAUAUCGACAUGUACGAGUCUUCGUUCCGACUACGUGGCAAAACCUACGAUUACAAGAUUCAAUACUCUUCCAUCAAGAAGUUCUUCUUGCUUCCUAAGAAUGACGAUACACAUACGCUCAUUGUUCUCGGCCUCGACCCCCCUCUGCGACAGGGCCAGACCCGGUACCCAUUCCUGGUUAUGCAAUUGAAGCUGGACGAAGAAAUUAGCCUUGAGCUCAACAUGACAGAUGAAUUGAUGGAACUCGCUACAAGGACAAGCUGGAGCCUCAAGGUCAUCAUGCCAUCGAAGGACUUUGUCAGUCAUCAUGGUCAUAGUGGGGUUAAAUGCUCUAUCAAGGCCAACGAAGGUCUUCUGUACUUCUUGGACAAGAGCUUGAUCUUCGUCCCGAAGCCUGCUACGUACGUUCAGAUCGAGAACAUUGCCAUUAUUACAAUGUCCCGUGUCGGUGGUGCCGUGUCGGCCAGCAGAACCUUCGAUAUCACAGUCAGUUUGAAGGCUGGCAUGGGAGAGCAUCAAUUUAGUAACAUCAACCGUGAGGAACAACAACCUCUCGAGGAAUUCUUCAAAGCGAAGAACAUCCGAUUCAAGAACGAAAUGUCCGACGAUGCCGGGGCCCUGCUGGCUGCCGCCCUUGACAACGACGAUAUGGUUUCCAGCGAUGAUGAGGGCGUCCGUGCCGAUCGUGGAUCGGCUGACGAGGAUGAAGAAUCUAUCGACGAGGACUUCCAGGCCGAGUCCGAGUCUGACGUUGCGGAAGAGUACGACUCGGCGCACGAAAGCAGUGGCAGCGGGAGCGACGCCGAAAUGGACGACGCUUCUGAUGGCGGCGGUGGCGACGAUGAUGAAGAUGUGGAUAUGUCGGCAGAGGAACGGCCGAAGAAGAAAUCGAAGGUGGGGAAAUAA